UUUACGACACUGAACGGCGCCAACUACACCACAUACUGCGAUCAAUACAUACUUGAUAAUGCAGACGCGACAAGCGAAGCAAUUCAACUAGACAGCUUCGCAGAUUGUAUAGAACAUUGCUCACGGUACUGGGGCGUCGGCGAAGGAUGCUUCGGCGUACUCUGGGUCGAACCCGACAACGUCUGCUACAUGAAGAACAGCAGCGCGACCGUCGGACUCCUCGAACCAAAUCCCCGCCGCUUCACCGCCCUCGUCGAGAGGAGCGAAAUGGAAGGCUUCGACGAAACAUGUCCGCAUGAGGAUCUUUCCACCAACACUCUCCCCGGUGUCCACGGUAUGCAAUACACCACGCACUGCGGCAACAUGAUCAAGGCAAAUGCCGCCAGUUUUGAUGGCUACCCGCAUCUUUCCGAUGUGUAUGAAUGGUUCUACCACGCCGAAUCCCUCGACGAAUGCAUGCAAAUAUGCGUCGAUCAGCAACCGCUCUGCACCGCUGUGUCGUGGAAUCCCACCAUGGAAAUCGGUUUCGCCAACUGCAUACCCAAGACUGGCGACGACUCCGGAUACACAGAUAGCCUAGACGUGGGUGCUGGGCCCAUCCUCUUCCACUCCGCAGUCAUGACGCAAAUCGACCAAGUCGACACGAAAUGUCCAGAGCGGGAAUCGUAUACAGUGGCGGCGGGCACAGCGGAUGCCAAGGGCUUUGAGGUUCACUGUGGGAGAUUGAAUCCGGGGACUAAUAUUACGAGUCUGCACACGCAAAACAUCACCGCAUGUAUGGAUGCUUGCGCCGAGGAGGACGUAGGUUGUAAAGCCAUACUCUUCGACUCGACAUUGAAAGGCGGAUUCAAAAACUGCUAUCUUCAGAACACUACGAGUGUGAUUAGCGACCAGCCUGGUGCUACCUACGCCGUCUUGCUCGACGCGGAAAUCCCUUCUUCGUCUUCUUCCUCUGCACCUGGAGCUGCCAACGAUGACUCGGAACCCGCCUCCUCUCCCAGCAAAGCAUGGAUAGCAGGCCCUGUAAUCGGUGGACUCGUGGGUCUCGCUCUGAUUGGCUUCGCGAUUUUCUGGUGGCGCAGGAGAAAGGCAGCGAAGAUGGCUCAGGGGGAGAAGAAUCCGUCUAGUGAGAGCUCGUACGGUGCUGUGCCGCCGCAGUAUGUGGAAGCGGAAGCGCUGGAUUCAGGUGCGAGAAAUGAGCUGCCGGCUAGUACGAAGUAUGCGCACAACUAUGUGCCGAAGAGUGAGCCGCAGGAGAUGCCUUCGUGA